UUUCUCCCUAAUUAUAUAUAUAUAGUUUCCAUCUUCUGUAUGUAUAAUCACAUUAAUUAUAUAUAUCUUAAAGUUAGAUCGAUGUUAAUUUAAUGGUGACAAAAAUUGAAUAUUCAUAGUGAUUAGAGAAGUUUAUGAGUUAAUUAGUUAUUAAGUUUUUUAAUAUAUAAAAUUAUAUUUAGAUACUCCUUCUUAGUCUUCUUUCAAUCUCUGCCUUCUAUACUUCAUAUAUAUUCAUUUUCUUCUUCUUCUUCCUCAUGAAGAGUUCUAAAAUGGUAGAGUUUGCUUACGAAGAGCUUGAAGCCGCCACCGAUCACUUCUCUCCAUCUCGGCUCAUCGGCAAAGGAAGCCACGGCCGUGUCUAUAGAGGCAUCCUCAACGGCGGCAAGCUCGUCGCCGUAAAGCUCCAAUCGCUGGGCCUUCGGAAGCUUCAAGACAACUCCAAGCUCGAGAACGAAGCCCGAAUACUAUCUUCUCUUCCCCAGAAUUCUCACCUCGUCAACCUCGUCGGAACAAGCCACGACCGCUCCAAGAACAAAGUCCUUGUCAUAGAACACUUGCCCAACGGCACUCUCCACGACUUGCUUCACGCAGCCGAGACGCCGCCUCCGCCGUGGCCUAAGCGAGCCCAAAUCGCCCUCCAAGUCGCCAGAGCCGUGCAGUUCCUGCACCAGAGCCAAUUCUUCGUCAUCCACAGAGAUAUCAAGUCGGCUAACAUCUUGUUCGACUCCAACUGGACGGCUAAGCUGGCGGAUUUCGGGCUCGCCGUCCGAAGGGACGAGGCUGGUCGGGGAGUAGAAUCGCUGAGCCGACCCGCCGGGACUUUUGGGUACUUGGAUCCUCAUUACACUACCCCAUGCAAGCUCAGCCCUAGAAAUGAUGUCUUCAGCUUCGGAGUCGUGUUGCUUGAGAUUAUCAGUGGUACCAAAGCUAUCGACGUGUCGAGAGUUUCGUCCUCCAUCGUUGAAUGGGCGCUGCCUCUGAUCGAAGAGAAUCGAAUAGUUCAAGUUUGUGACAAGAGGGUAGAGAUGCCAUGGUACAUGGAGGGCACUAUAAGGCGCUUUCUACACAUUGCAGCUCGUUGUGUGUCCCCAACAGAAGAGCAUCGCCGCCCAUCAAUGGCGGAAAUUGUCGCAGAGAUGGAGAGCUGUUUCGUGGAGCCGGACAGGUUCCCCCUUUGGAUCAACGUUUUGUCUAAGUUUAGUCUCUUGAAAAGGCAAAGAACUAGAUUAACGGAGAUUAAACGAAAGAAGAGCGCCGCCGCCUCCUCCACCUCCACCUCGACGUUAACAUGCGCAGGAGAUGGUGAUCGCCAGAGCGACGCGUUCUCACGGCGGAAGAUGCUGCUGAGAGAGGUGCUGGCUGAUGUUACCCUGGAAUGAUUAAUUCAAGAGGUUAAUUCAUUUGUUCUAACCGACCCAUUAAAAUGAUUGACAAAUUAUAUAAACUUUUGCUUGUUGCAUAUCAUUCAAUUGUAUAUAUAUAUAGACACAAAUUAUAUAUAUAUAUAUUUCAGCUACAAGAACCGUGAACUCA